AUGUCAACAUUGGCCAAAAUCACUAGUCUCUCAUAUCCUCGCGGACGAAUUUUCUUUAACGGUCCCAUCAUCGUCGGGUCAGGGCCAUCCGGCUUGGCCGUGGCGGCAUGUUUGCGAGAUAAAGGAGUUCCUUUUCUCGUACUCGAAAAAUCUAACUGCAUUGCUUCACUCUGGCAAACUCGAACUUAUGAUCGGCUAAAACUCCACCUCACAAAACAUUUCUGCCAACUACCAAAACUCCCAUUUCCUGAUCACUUUCCAAAAUACCCCUCCAAAAAACAGUUCAUACUCUACUUAGAGUCCUAUGCUAAACAUUUCAAUAUUAAUCCUACGUUCAAUGAAACAGUGUUAUCGGCACAGUACAAUAAGGCCUCCGGCUUCUGGCAAGUGAGGUCGGUAAAUACAGGCGGUGUGAAAGAAGCAGAAGGAAUUUUAGAGCAUGAGUACAUUUGCCGAUGGCUUGUAGUGGCCACCGGAGAAAAUGCCGAGAUGGUAAUCCCCGAGUUUGAUGGACUCUCAAGUUUUGAUGGCCGAGUUAUUCAUACCUCCGAGUACAAGUCUGGUAAGGAAUACCACGGCCAGCGGGUUCUUGUUGUCGGUUGUGGAAACUCCGCCAUGGAAGUCUGCCUUGAUCUCUGUCACCACAAUGCCAUUCCUUUCAUGGUUCUUCGCAAUUCAGUUCAUGUUUUACCGAGGGAAAUGUUCGGCAAAUCGACAUUUGAAUUAGCUGUAAUACUAAUGAAAUGGCUGCCGAUUUGGAUGGUCGACAAGAUACUGCUAGCGUACGCAUACAUUGUGUUUGGUGACAUAGAAAAGUACGGGAUUAAAAGACCUUGUAUUGGUCCAUUAGAGCUUAAGAACACUCAAGGAAAGACUCCUGUGCUAGACACUGGCACACUGGAAAAGAUCAAGUCAGGUGAGAUCAAGAUAGUUCCCGGAAUCAAGUCAUUUUCAUCGGGAAAAGUCGAGUUUGUUGAUGGAAAAUUCAUCGAUAUCGACUCGGUUAUCUUCGCCACCGGUUACCGUAGCAAUGUGCCUUCAUGGUUGCAGGGGAGUGGUGAAUUUCUUUCAGAAAAUGAAUGGAAAGGGAAUGCAGGGCUUUAUGCUGUUGGGUUUACAAAGAGAGGGCUCUUUGGUGCUUCAAUGGAUGCAGUGAAGAUUGCAGAGGACAUUGCUGAUAAGUUCUUUGCAUGCAUUCCUUAA